GAGUCAGCUCAAGUGCGACGACAGUGUCCCCCGAGCUCUGGUCACGGAAGGGUGACGCCGGUUAUUGCCAAUACGAGAGACGCUCUUUAUUCCUGCUGCUGCUGCUGCCUGCCGCCACUCAUUCGCGCACUCGGUCUAUUGUCUUCUCAACACCGACAGAACAGCUUGAUUUUCAGUUUCUCUGCUGUUGUUGUUCUUCUUCCGGAACUAUUUUAAGCAGUGAAAGUUGUCUUUAGUGCUACUGGUGUUCACGGGGGACACUCCAGUCUUCUGGAUGUCUUGAGUCAUUUGUCAACUCCACGGAACUUUAUAAGAUAUUUUUAACGAAAGCGUAAACAUAAAUUAAACUACGUCGCUUUCCGAGACGCAUCCUCCCGAAUCAUCGACGAGGUCGACGCCAACCUAAUCGACAUAAGACGUCCAGAGUUUGAUCUCAAAAUCCUUUCACUUUUUUUGUCGUCUUUGCCGACGCUCAAAAAGGGAAGGUGACAACCGCUACCUGACUCUUCUUCAGUCGAAGUUCUUCUGUCCAGAAGUUCUUUGUUGACAAACUUCACCGAUCAAAAGAAAUCGGCACCGGAACUUCCUAGAAAAAGUUGGAAUCAACAACAACAGCUUCGAAGCCAGAUGGAUCGAGUUGAAAUCAUGAGACCGAAUCUAUACGAAAUCCUGGGGCCUCUGGACAGUGUGGAUGGUUUUGAGAUCCACGUCGAAGGUGAAGCCGCCGCCCGGGACACCUUGAUACAGCAGUUGACCCAGGAGGUCACGAGUAGGGCCGACGCCCUGGGCUGCGGUCAGGUCAUGAUCCCUCCGGGCCUCAUAGACGAGGUCACGGCUCAGGUUCUCAGACUUGCCGAUUCAGAACCUUGUGGUGUCAGAGGGGGAGUGCUGCACGUCCAUUUCUUCGACGGCGAACAGUUGCAGAGACUGACUCGAGUGGUCCUUGACCCGUCGAUGCCCAACACCUUCGAGCUGUACCUCAGCCUCAGGGCAGAUACGACGACCUGGUACCACAAGAUGUCCAGAAUUAUCAAACCCCUCAGAAGAUCAGGACCUCUCCACCUCAGUCGCGACUACAAACUGGAGAAGAAGAAACUCUAUCCCGACGAAUGAUGAUGAGUGCCGACGAGGCUGGCCCAACUGACGCACCCACCCUCCCUGAAGACAUAGUACGACUCGUCACCACCCUUUCAGAAUUCUUCUUCGGCGUCUGUCUGUCUGUCUCUCUCGUUCCCAGUGUGUGUGUGUCUCUCUCUCCUCUUUCAAGAGCUGUUGACAGCUAUGUUACUCGUCACUUCGGAAAAAGCAAAACAAUAUUCCUGAUACUCCAAUAUAGUUGGGAACUGGAGUAAUAUAAUGUUUGGUGUGGUAUAUAUAUAUAUAUAUAUAUAUAUAUAUAUAUAUAUAUAUAUAUAUAUAUAUAUAUAUAUAUGCCAAGUCUCUAUGUAUGCGUGUGUGUGUAAUCUUUGCGCCAUCUACUGUUGAUCUAAGGCUUUUUUUUUUUCUUUUUUUUUUUUUUCUUUUUUUUUAAGAGUCGGGUCGCGCGAUCGUCAUACAAAUUAGUAAGUUACACCUGAUGAAUACUGUUAAGGCUAUUUUUAUUCAUUGCUUGUUAUUUCACUCCAUUCAUAAGCCAUUGAGAUAAACUUAUUUUAUGUCCUUGUCGUAGACUGAAUAGCUGUAAUUUCUUAAACAAAUUUUAUGAAGCAGCAGUUUUUCUACUACUUGUAUUUAAUUUCACGUUCUUAAGGUCUUGAGGUCAUGUUUCGUCGAAAGCAUUCGUGCAGACAGACGAAGUGUCUCCUCUUAGACAGAAAGUGUAUUAUGGUUUUGUUAAUAUGUUCUUCAUCUCACCGUGCAGUCUGCAUUACAUUACAAUCCAGAACCAUCUGUAUUUUUGUAUUUUUUUUUUUUCGUGUGAUUCACAUAGAUUAAAAUUAUAUUGACUUUUCUCUAGUUCAUUUUCUUUCGUUAUGUUUGUCAUCGUGAGUCAUUUGCUUAUUGGUGACAGUUCUUGAAUUUCCAAGUUACAAAAAAAAAAGGUAUUUGGUUUGUGUGCUGGGGUCAGGAUAGUCCGAUUUACGUUAAAGAAUAAUAUAUAUAAUAUAUGCAUAUAUUUAUAUAUAUAUAUAUAUAUAUAUAUAUAUAUAUAUGUGUGUGUGUGUUUUUAGCUAACAGUUUACAACUGCAUUUCCCAAGGCGAAAAUUAACCUCCUGGGAAUUCUUCGUUCAAGAACUCGAUUGAUGACUAUUUUGAAAUAAUAAUAAUAAUAAUAAUAAUAAUAAUAAUAAUAAUAAUAAUAAUAAUAAUAAUAAUAAUAACAAGAAAAAGAAGAGGAAGAGAGAGGAGAAGAAGAAGAAGAAGACGAAGAAGUGCUAUUGCUUGAUAACUGUCUCACUCUCACUGUAUCACAGCUGAAAGGAUACUCAUUCAUUCUGCGAGAAUUCCCUUAAUCAAUAAAAAGAAUUACCUUAAAUGGUGAACAAGAAGACAUUACGAAGAUGUCUUGAGAGUCCCACUUCCUCAAAAUAUAGUAAUGAUAAAUAAAUAAAAAAUCUAAGAAAUUUCCACUUCCAGAUUUUGUCUUAAUGUAGCAACGAGUUCUCUGGAUAGCGGACACUAUCUACCUACCUAUCUAUCAAUCUUUCUAUCUAUCUUUCAUAAGACAUCAAAUACAUAAACCUUCACUCAUGGAAUAAACGCGUGUAUGCAUCGCAACUACCGCUGUACGAGACCCACAAGUCUUGAAGAAGAAAAAAAAUAAAAGUCUGGCUUAUAUUUAUAUUUAUGUAGGUGUAGCACGCGUUAAUAUCCAGUCAUUUAUCAUGCUGUUCCUGUCUAAUCGUUUCAAUCAUUUGCUCAUUAACUGGUGUCUCGAACGGUUGCAGAGUAGGUGGGUGUGGGAGCAUAUGUGCCUCCUAGAAUAGCAAAAAGGACAAAAAAAAAUGUGCAUAUAUAUAUAUAUAUAUGUAUGUAUGUAUAUAUAUAUAUAAUGAAAUAAAUUAAAAUAAAAUCUAGAUUAGAGUCGUAUUUUCCUCAAUGUAUAAUGUAAAGCUUGUGUGUAGAUCUAUUCACUUGUAAGAUAUCCAGCAAACAGCUUGGCUGAAAAUUAUCGCCAAAGGUUAUAGUACAAUUACCACAGUUACCAGUCACUGUAAUUAUCAGUUAUAUGCAUCAGCUGUAAGGCAGCGUGGCAAUAUGAAACACCUUUCCAAGGAUGCUUUUUUGUCAAGUACUUACUGCACACAGGAAUGCAGGGCUACAUAAAUUCCUCAGCUUGCAAUGUAUCUAAAUAUGAAUCAACAGCUAUGGUAGAGGAACACACCACAUUAAUAUUUGGGCUGUGGGCUUCUGUUGUUCCAGUAGAUUACCGCAAACCACAUCCAGAUUGCAAGCAAAUUGCUAUAUGAAUGUGCAACAACAACAAAAUCACUGACUCGUAUCUAUAUGAUUUGGUGUCAACCACAACGCAAAUACGUAAUCCUUCAGUACAAUUCCUGAUAACCAGAGAGCAAUAUAACAUGGAUCGCCCAAGAGAGCAAAGUGCAUGGUCUCGUUUAGCCACAAACAACGCCUCAUGACAGCUGAUAUGUGCCUGCUCGAAAAGCGCUCAGUCGUGUUUUGCUAGAGACCUCCAAUUCCAAAUGGCCCCUUAGGUCCUGAGUAAACUCGAGAGACAUAAAUGAAAUCCAGGAUAAGGUAACGUUUUUCUGAAAGAAGCAAUUGCUUUCUUGUAACACUGAAACAGAUUAUCCUGUACUGUAGCAUGAUUUGUCCAGUGAGGGUUAGAGAUCUUCCAAGUGAAUUUUAAUAUAUAACGAAAAUAAACGAAAGACAGUCCUUGGGCUACCGAACUGUGUAAGGGUGAGAUAGAUGAUUCCAGUAUAUUUUGCUAUUUGAUUAUAUUCCAGUUAAUGCUUGUUCUCAUUGUAUAAUAAAUGAUGUGUGUGUAUGGGUGUAUGUGCGAUGGCGCUCUUAUGUACCUCUUAAUUGUCUUGAGAUCUUAUGUACUUUACAUGUGACAGUUACUUUAAUAAUCAUGAUGAAGAUUUUACGGGAAACAGCAUAACUGAAAAUCGUUUUGUUUGUAAUUCGCCUCAACUUUUUAAUGUUAAGACGUAUUUUGGAUUUGGUCGCUGUAGGAAAUUAGGAUAACUCUGGUGGAAGUUCAUUGUGUGUACAUUUUUUAUCCGAAAAGGAAACGUACUAAUGAUAAACGUUGCUACCUAUGUAAUACCCAGGUAAAUGAUAAAGGAAUGAUGACUGCAUAGAUUAAUAAGGUUGGUGUCAAGUGUGUCGAAUAAGUAAUAUAAACGUAGGAUGAUAAAUACUGUUACUGAUCGCAAUACACCUGCCUUUCGAGGGUGAACAAAAAAUGUUCAUGAAGGAAAUGAAUAUUGAAGAAAUGAAUGAAUUGAUAUACCCUGUCAAAUACUAAGUUUACGUAAUUUCCCCCAGAUGCUAAUACCUUCCUGUUUCAUUUAAAAUUGCUUUAGUAAAACCCUUUCAAACUUUCGGAUGGGAAUCAAAGAACUAGAUUUUGUGAGUUUCAUUCAACCUCGUAUGUUUUUUACGUCAAAAGAUGGCAUAAAUGAUCUAAUUCAAGCCUUGCAAAUAUUGAGUGACAUGGGAACCCUUGGGGAAAUUAAGGAUUAGCGAACUGCCUUAUGAAAUGCACUUAAUAUCAUUCGUGGUCCUAGAACAUUCAGUGUCGUGAAAUUUGCCGUCAUGGUUUCGGGGCAGACAAUGAAGUUGAUGAAACUGAUGUGUAAUCACAAAUGACACUGAAGAAUUUAUUAUUCGCCGUGAUGCUAAAUUAGGUAACUGAUCUUUGAAUAUUAGAAAAACAAAUCUAGUACUAUAAUUUGGUUUAAUUAGAGAUACUGGCACGUUGAUUGCAUACUUUAUUUAUUCUAGCAUAAAUUAUAUUUUUAUAAUCAGAAUUGAAAUAUUUAUCGUUAAUUACAAUUGACUGGAAACUGUUAUCUUUAAUUGGCUAUGAGAUGAACUCCCUCAGAUGAACUGGCAACGAAAACUACAGAAUCCCCACAGUGAAAUCAGGCCUUUGUCACCGCCUUAAUCAGAACUUCCAGCUUCUAAUCCCUCCUAGAAGGGCAUCACUUCCUCUAUCAUCGCAUGAAGAAGUCAAGGAUUCAGUAAUACGAGAAAUAACACGUACAGACUGAUGUGCAUGUCCAUAGUUACAGGAGUUUUUAUAAAUGUCACUUUAGAAAGAUGUCGUCCAUCAAACAUAGCCAAUCUUCUUUGUACAUUAGAGUGCUAAGUAAUAAACUUUCUUUUUUGUAA